GCGCGGCCGCGGGGGGAGGGGUCCAAAGAGGUAGGCGGUUGGCGGGUAGGUCGCGAGCCGGCGCGCGGGGAAGAAGCUGGCCGGUUAGGCGGACCGAGGAGAACGAAGGAGGCAGCGUGAGGAGCGGAGCAGGGCGGCACCAUGGUGGAGAAGGAGGAGGUGGGCACGAUCAGCGAGGAGGAGGCGGCUCAGUACGACCGGCAGAUCCGCUUGUGGGGGCUGGAGGCACAGAAACGGUUGCGGGCCUCCCGGGUGCUUCUUGUCGGAAUGAAAGGUCUGGGGGCAGAAGUUGCGAAGAAUCUCAUUUUGGCAGGUGUGAAAGGACUGACCAUGAUGGAUCACCAGCAGGUAUCUUCAGAAGACACUAGUGCUCAGUUCUUGAUUCCUACUACUGGAUCCUCUGGCCGGAACCGGGCAGAAGCCUCCUUGGAACGAGCACAGAACCUCAAUCCCAUGGUGGACGUGAAGGUGGACACAGAGAAUAUAGAAAACAAGCCUGAGACUUUCUUCACACAAUUUGAUGCUGUUUGUCUGACUUGCUGUUCCAGGGAUGUCUUAGUUAAAAUUGACCAGAUCUGUUAUAAAAAUAGCAUCAAGUUCUUUACCGGGGAUGUUUUUGGCUACCACGGAUACAUGUUUGCUAAUCUGGGAGAGCAUGAGUUUGUGGAGGAGAAAACCAAGAUCUCCAAAGUCAGCCCUGGAGUGGAAGAUGGACCUGACACUAAGAAGGCAAAGCUGGAGGCCACAGAAACGACGAUGGUCAAAAAGAAAGUGAUUUUCUGUCCAUUCAAGGAGGCUCUGGAGGUGGACUGGAGCAGUGACAAGGCCAAGGCAGCCCUCAGACGGACCACUUGCGACUACUUUCUGCUCCAAGUGCUCCUGAAAUUCCGCACAGACAAAGGGCGGGACCCUCGGUCAGACACUUAUGGUGAAGAUUCAGAGUUGUUGCUGCAGAUCCGAAGUGACCUUCUUGAGUCCCUGGGAGUGAACCCUGAGCUGCUUCCUGAUGACUUUGUCAGCUCCUGCUUCUCGGAGAUGGCACCAGUUUGUGCAGUUGUUGGCGGGGUGUUGGGACAGGAAGUUGUAAAGGCCUUGUCUCAGAGGGACCCUCCUCACAACAACUUCUUCUUUUUCGAUGGAAUUAAGGGAAAUGGGAUUGUCGAGUGUCUUGGCCCAAAAUGAAAGCAAGCCUUCGGCCCCGAGAUGACCUGCAGCACACUAUUGAGGUCCAGACGCAACCCCCACCCCAGUGCCCCAAAGAGAAGAGCCUUUCACAUUGGGGUUCAGCAGGUGUGCUUGCAGUCGUUAACAGACGCUGGUCAAUACAAGGGGGUUUGGAGCCUGACUGUUAGCAUCUCGGCAUGAUUCCCUACCACGUUUAUCCUCCCCGAGCAGAGGUCACUGACCCCGGCCAUUCGUCAGUCCCGUCCCAGCCAAGCUUGCUUGCUUUUUUAUAUUCCUUGGGAUGCUUCUCUGGGAUGGGCAGGGCAGCCUGUCCUGAUUCCCCAUCGGCAGGCAUGCCCAGUUGGGGUCAGACUUCAGGUGGGGAAUAGAGGCUGGGCCAGGGGGAAUAGCUUCCAGAUUUAGGCAAGUGCCCGUGGGUGGGGCACGGGAAGGAAGGGCACCUGGGCCUGACACAGGGCUUGGCGUUUUAGUUUAGAAUCCCUGUGUUAGACAGGCCCGUUCAAAUCGAGCCUUAUUCCUGCUUUCUCUUAAGUCACCCACUGAGGAGGGCAUCCCUCUCCUCUUUGGCUUCCCUUUAGUCAUUGUGACUGACUAACAAUUGCAGGCACUUUGAGGGAAGUCUUUGAAUUUUAAAAUUGCCCCCUAGAAAGGCCCAGCCUGUGCCGGCUCCUGAAGGCCCUGUUACGGAAGCUGGUAGAAUCAUUCACAGGAGUUUCUUUUUUUAUGGAGUGGGGGGGGGGUGUUACUAAUGUGGUGUUCUUUUGCCCAUCCUAAUGGCAGCUGUUGUGUUUUACAUGUUUUCUCUAUUUUCCUGGAUUAUGAAAAACAGAAUAAAAUAAAGCUGGUUGCUUUGGGCCUUGUC